AUGAGGUUCAAAGCUCUCUGUUUUGGGAUAUUGUGUGUUCUCUUUGCCUUAUAUUAACCCAUAAUGAGCAAGAUUGAAGAAUGCUGGAAAGUAAUGGCCUUGGAUGCAGUUGCUAAAACUUGUGCAUCUGUGGUAAGAUUAACAUUUUUUUCUCCUGGAUAUUGGGAUGCUUUGUUGACUAAAAAUCAUUUUGAAAAUAUGGGAAUUAUGAGAUAUGAAGAGCUUAUUUCCAUGAUAAUCAAGCUGGAUUAUACCCAACCACUUUCAAAUGAAUAUAUCACCGUGACUGACACAGCUUUUAAUGACAUUUCAGUAUGUUUGUACUUGCCAAAGACAAAGUCAGAAACCCCAAGACGAGCUGUAAUCUACAUUCAUGGUGGUGCUCUUUGUUUUGGAAGUUGCAAGCAGAAGGCUUUUGACUUCCUGAACAGAUGGAUGGCAAACAAACUUGAUGUUGUUGUUGCGGGACUGGAGUAUAGACUAGCUCCUCAACACUACUUUCCUGCUCAGUUUGAAGAUAGCAUCACUGCAGUCAAGUUUUUUCUUCAGGAUAAAAUUCUUACAAAAUAUGCACUGGAUCCAACCUGAAUCUGUGUUUUAGGAGACAGUGCUGGGGACACCUUAGCAGCGGCAGUCACUCAACAGGUGCAGAGUGAUCUUGAAAUAAAACAUAAAAUCAAGAUACAAGCUUUACUUUACCCUUGCUUACAACUAAUUGAUACUUACUUGCCAUCUUACCAAGAAAAUGAGCAUGGUAUAAUGGUGACAAGGGACAUAGCCAUAAGACUUAUACGUUUGCAUUUAACCAAGGAUGAAAGAUUCCACCAGGCAAUGAGAAGAAACCAACGUAUGCUUUUGGAAUCAAGACAUCUGUUCAAGUUUGUUAACUGGAGCGCUCUCUUACCCAAGAGGUAUAGAAAAGACCAUGUUUAUACUGAACCAAUUCUCGGAAGGUCUAGUUAUUCAUUGCCAGCUCUUAUGAAUAUCAGAGUAUCACCCUUGUUGGCCAGUGAUUCCCAGUUACAGAAUUUGCCAUCAACUUAUACUCUUACCUGUGAAUACGAUCUCCUGAGAGAUGAUGGACUUAUGCAUGUUUCAAGACUUCAAAAUGUUGGAGUUCAAGUUGCUCAUGACCAUCUUGAGGAUGGAUUCCGUGCAGCUUUAUCAUUGACAUCACCACUGUAUUUAAAUCUAGGUCUCAUAAUAAGAGAUAUGUAUGUUAGUUGGCUGGAUAAGAAUUUAUAA